AGGUGACAAAGGCUGAGCCAGAAGCCACAGAGCAUAAAGCUCCAGUCCUUCCUCCAGGGAUGAGGCAAUGAGGACUCCGACUCCUCUGUCCGGUUUUUAACAAUCUAACUUACGCCCUCUUCUGGGUCACACUAGAAUCAGAUCUGCUCCCCAGCAUCUUCUGUUUCCUGGCGAGUGAUUCCUGCUACCUUGGAUUGGCCAUGACGGGCUGGAGCUGCCUUGUGACAGGAGCAGGAGGGUUUCUGGGUCAGAGGAUCGUCCGCCUCUUGGUGGAGGAGAAGGAGCUGAAGGAGAUCAGGGUCUUGGACAAGGCCUUCAGACCAGAACUGAGGGAGGAAUUUUCCAAGCUCCAGAAUAAGACCAAGCUGACUGUACUGGAAGGAGACAUUCUGGAUGAGCCAUUCCUGAAGAGAGCCUGCCAGGACGUCUCGGUCGUCAUCCACACCGCCUGUAUCAUUGAUGUCUUUGGUGUCACUCACAGAGAGUCCAUCAUGAACGUCAAUGUGAAAGGUACCCAGCUCCUGUUGGAGGCCUGUGUCCAAGCCAGUGUGCCAGUCUUCAUCUACACCAGUACCCUAGAGGUAGCCGGGCCCAACUCCUACAAGGAAAUCAUCCAGAAUGGCCAUGAAGAAGAGCCUCUGGAGAACACAUGGCCUGCUCCAUACCCAUACAGCAAAAAGCUUGCUGAGAAGGCUGUGCUGGCAGCCAAUGGGUGGACUCUGAAAAAUGGUGGCACCUUGUACACUUGUGCCUUAAGACCCAUGUAUAUCUAUGGGGAAGGAGGCCCAUUCCUUUCUGCCAGUAUAAAUGAGGCCCUGAACAACAAUGGGAUCCUGUCAAGUGUUGGCAAGUUCUCCACUGUCAACCCAGUCUAUGUUGGCAACGUGGCCUGGGCUCACAUUCUGGCCUUGAGGGCCCUGCGGGACCCCAAGAAGGCCCCAAGUGUCCAAGGACAGUUCUAUUACAUCUCAGAUGACACACCUCACCAAAGCUAUGAUAACCUUAAUUACAUCCUGAGCAAAGAGUUUGGCCUCUGCCUUGAUUCCAGAUGGAGCCUUCCUUUAGCCCUGAUGUACUGGAUUGGCUUCCUGCUGGAAGUAGUGAGCUUCCUACUCAGCCCAGUUUACUCCUAUCAACCGCCCUUCAACCGCCACACGGUGACAUUGUCAAAUAGCGUGUUCACCUUCUCUUAUAAGAAGGCUCAGCGAGAUCUGGCGUAUAAGCCGCUCUACAGCUGGGAGGAAGCCAAGCAGAAAACUGUGGAGUGGGUUGGUUCCCUUGUGGACCGGCACAAGGAGACCCUGAAGUCCAAGACUCAGUGAUUUAAGGAUGACAGAGAUGUGCAUGUGGGUGUUGAUAGGAGAUGUCAUCAAGCUCCACCCUCCUGGCUUCAUACAGAAGGUGACAAGGGCACAAGCCCAGGUCCUGCUGCCUCCCUUUCACACAAUGCCCAACUUAUUGUCUUCUUCAUGUCAUCAAAAUCUGCACAGUCACUGGCCCAACCAGAAGCUUUCUGUCCUAAUCAUACGCCAGAGGACAGACAAUAUGAUUUGCUGUUACCCAAUCUCAGUGGCUGAUUCUGAAUGACUGUGGUCACUUUUAACUUGAGGUUCUCUUUUGACUAAUGGAGCUAAUUGAGCUCCAUUUCCCCUCUUAAAUGAGAAAGCAUUUCUUUUCUCUUUAAUCUCCUAUUACUUCACACAGUUCAAUGUAAAGAGCAAUAAAUGUUUUAAUGCUUAACCUGGA